AUGCGAAUGAACGAACGAACAACCAUUCGACGACUACUACUAGCCGCUAGCCAUCGAUCUCUUUACCUACAACCCGACCUACCGCGUCUGAAUCUGCCUCUCAUGCCGGUUCGCCGCUCUACCGUCGCAUCUCGUUACCCAUCCAGCCAACCGCCCCAAGAUGCAUCCUCCGUCAGCCACGAGGGAGUUUCAGCUCGCAGCUUACCGCGCGAUGAGCGACAAGCUUUGCUACGACCUACCCAGGGGGACCCUAUCGUCUUCGCACCCACUGAGAGCCUCCCAAUCGGGCACCUAAUCGUCUACAUAAGCGACCAAUGCCCACAUUGCCAUGACGUUUGUCGUAAUACAAAGGCGCUUGGUAAUCAUUGCCGCUAG